CUCUCCUUUACUUCUUCCUCCGCAUCCUCUCUGCGCCUGCUACAUCACCGCCACGGCAGCCGCCAAUCACGAUCGAUAAGCCGAGACAAAUAAACGCGCCUCGCGUCAUUGUUCAGCCUAUGUCGAGCUCUGACAACCGCCGCAUAUCGGUAUCCUUAUCGUCAUCCAAUAAUAUACGUAGUCCUUCGCGUCUGCCAUUCUGUAUCUCGAAAUGGCUAAUAGAUUCAUAAAGCGCCUCUUCCACGACUUAUAUUACACAAAUUUGAUCAAGAGACAAGAAACAUACAGAAGGUUUGUCUAUGGAUUUCUGAGUCGACGUCAAUCACAAAUAUCAAAACCGGAUAUGGAAGAAGCAGAUGCACUGAAAGAAACAAAAAAUGCAGCCCAAGUUUCUUCAAAGCCUCAACUUAAGAAAAAGACGGACAGUAAGUCUGGACUUGGCAAAUACUGUUCUAGUGAUGAUCUGAGUGAUAAUAAGUGGAGGUUAGAGCUUGCUUGGCUUACAAAAGCUCUUGAACCAGCUCUGCAAUUGUGGAAUGGACUUGGAAGCAAAACCCCUCCUAGUGGUCGAUCUCUUACAGAGAUCAUCGCAAGCAUUCAGCGGAGCAAGAGUGGGAUUGAGGGUUGGAGCUUGAGUGAUCUUACAAUCGGCCUAUUUCUUAUUUAUCUUCGACAGUCAUCCUUAAGUCCAAAUGAGGAUUUUAAGGGUGUUCAAGUCUCUUCAGAAUUAAUAGUCCAAGAUCUCAUUUACCACAUUGAGUUAGCAAAAGGUUCUUAUAAGGAUGGUGCUUUUUGGCUUGCAAGGAACAGCAUGCUUCGUGAAAGCAAUAUUCUUAAAUUUGUAAAACAUUCCAGUGUGAUGAGGCCUGGUUAUUACAUAGGGAUUGAUCCUCGCAAGAAACUCAUAAUUCUGGGAAUUCGUGGAACUCAUACUGUCUAUGACCUUAUUACUGACAUUGUUUCUACAAGUGAUGGAGAAGUCACUUUUGAAGGCUAUUCAACCCACUUUGGCACAGCCGAAGCUGCUCGUUGGUUUCUUAAUCACGAGAUAGGAACCAUAAGGAAGUGCUUGGAGAAAUAUGAGGGAUUUAGAUUAAGGUUAGUGGGUCACUCUCUUGGAGCUGCUAUAGCUUCUUUGCUAGCGAUCAUGCUUCGGAAAAGGUCAUAUGAGGAACUUGGAUUUAGCCCUGAUAUUGUUUCUGCCAUUGGAUUUGCAACUCCUCCGUGUGUCUCCAGAGAACUCGCUGAAAGCUGUGCUGAUUUUGUUACAACUGUUGUAAUGCAGGAUGAUAUUGUACCCAGGCUAAGUGUGGCUUCUCUAGCAAGGCUGAGGAAUGAAAUUCUUCAAACUGAUUGGAUGAGUGUCAUUGAGAAGGAAGACUGGAGAAGUGUCAUAGGUUUGGUCACAAAUGCAAAGCAGGUUGUAUCUUCUGUACAAGAUGUAGCUUGGAAACUCGCCGAUUAUGCGAAGUUCAGGAGCAACAAGAAUUCUUCCGACGGUCCCAUCUAUAAGCAGUCACUAGCAGCUUCCGGAGCCAAUUCAACUUCCAAAGCUACAAUAGUCAAUAAUUCUGUCCUCAAAAAGGAAGGAGCUGCUUGUAUGGUGUCAGAGGAGUUAUUUGUUCCAGGUACUGUUUACUAUCUAAAGAGGAACAUCGACACUAAUGCUUCCAGCAGAAAUGGCAGAGAGGUAGAAUUUUUCACACUAUGGAAAAGGCAUCCAGGUGAACAUUUCCAGAGUAUAGUACUCUCUAGCAACAUAAUCUCAGACCACAAGUGUGAUGGCCAUUACUACGCUCUACGAGAUGUACUCAAAGCUUUGCCAGUGACCCGUGACGAAGACAUCUUUAAAUGAUUAAAAACCAAUAGUCACUCAAUUUUCGCUAUAAUAUGUGAAAUGUUUAUAAAUUUCAAUUUUGCUUGUACAAUGUCAGUGUAUAACUUGCAAGCAAUUUGGUGAAUUCUUGCUGAAACUUGUACAGUAGUUUGCUAUUCGAAAUUUUCUAUGAGAUCUUUUGUUGUUCACUGAAAA